UCUUCAGAUUCCAGUGACUUGAUGCUAAGAAUUUACAGAGCUGAGUCAUAUGUUGGCCUCCAAGAAUAUAAAACAGCCAUAGAAGAUCUAAAUUUUGUUAUUUCUAAAAUGCCAAAUUGGCCAGAGGUCUACUUCUGGAAAGGAAAAGUGCUGCAAGACUCUGGCUUUGCAGGUGAUGCCUUACAACUGUUUCUACAGUGCUUAGCCCUUGAUGAGGACUUUCUUCCAGCCAAGCUAGAAGUAGAAAGGACAUUGUGUGAUAUGCUGUCACCAGAAAAGUUAGGAGAGAGUCUGAAGGAAUCUGUUUGGAAUCCACCACAUAUUCGAAAUAAACCUUUUAUAUUUGGUUCCGAGGUGACUGAGUCUUACUGCAACUUACAGCUUUGUCCUGAGCAGAGUUUAGGAGGAUCAGAGAUACCAGAGCCUGUCAGUGGAAGCUUAAGUCGUGCACAGUCUGCCCAUGCUCUUAAUUCAACAAAAGACCUUGCCAAGGAAGAUGGCUUAAAGCGAGUGUCUUCUGAACCCCUUCUCUCUGGCCAAGAAAAAGGUGCUUUGUUGAAAAGAAAGCUUUCCUUUUCCGAACAGGAUACAGUUGUAUGUGAAGAUGGAAGAAACAAACACAAAAAGCAAGGAGAAAGUACAAAAAGGGACAUGACACUGGCUUUUGGAACAAUUCCAAGGGAUUUGAUUGAUGUAUCAGAUUUUGAGUGCUCUCUGUGUAUGAGGCUAUUCUUUGAGCCAGUGACAACUCCUUGUGGACAUACUUUUUGCAAAGGUUGCUUGGAACGGUGUUUAGACCAUGCUCCUCAGUGUCCACUCUGUAAGGAGAGUUUGAAAGAGUACCUUGCAAGCAGAAAAUACAGCAUCACAGAGCUGUUGGAGGAAUUAAUAAUGAAAUAUUUGUCUGAUGAAUUAUAUGAGAGAAAAAGAAUUCAUGCUGAAGAAACGGCUGAACACUCAAACUUGACCAAGAAUGUUCCGAUGUUUGUUUGCACUAUGGCAUAUCCUACUGUGCCUUGCCCUCUACAUGUCUUUGAGCCAAGAUACCGACUAAUGAUUCGCAGAAGUAUUGAAACUGGGACUAAACAGUUUGGGAUGUGUAUAAGUGAUUCUCAAAAUGGUUUUGCAGAUUUUGGAUGCAUGCUGCAAAUUAGGAAUGUUCACUUUCUACCUGAUGGACGGUCUGUUGUUGAUACAGUUGGUGGAAAGAGAUUUCGAGUUUUACGGAGAGGGAUGAAAGAUGGUUACUGCACUGCAGACAUCGAAUAUUUGGAAGAUGUCAUGGUUGCUGAUGAAGAAGAACUAAAGAAACUGAGAGAACUUCACAAUUUUGUUUACAGUCAGGCCUGCAGUUGGUUCCAAAACUUAAGAAACAAAUUUCGCAUUCAAAUUCUUCAGCACUUUGGACCAAUGCCUGACAGGGAGGAAAAUAUACAGGCGAUGCCCAAUGGUCCUGCUUGGUGUUGGUGGCUUCUAGCUGUUCUCCCAGUAGACCCCAGAUAUCAGCUGUCAGUUCUCUCCAUGAUGUCUUUAAAAGACCGUCUGAUAAAAAUCCAGCAUAUACUCACAUAUUUUUCUAGAGACCAGUCCAAGUGACUAACCGCCUGGGUCUUCCUGAAAAGUUACUCUGUUCUGGUUGUAGUAGCAGCUGGAAUUUUUUCUGCCUUUGCACAUCUAGCGCUGGUUUGAGAAGUGUAAUGGAACUGCUUUUUCUCUCUCCUCCCCACCCUCCUGACUUCCUGAACCACGUGGUUCUUUGAAUGCACACAUUCUUCAGCUCUGAGAGAAGACCACUGAUGAUUGCACAAAGUCAAUCCAGCUAGAUAUGUUUUUCACAUUAUCUACAUUACAAUUUGCACUAUGUAGAAGAGAACUUUUUUGAGACUUGAUAUAAUUUUAGCCACGGACUUUUUAAAGCUGUGGGAAGUGCAGGACUUAAGGCUGACAGUCCAAGUUUACAACGUUGCGGAGGUAUUAAAGGUUUUGCAAAUGUUUGCCUCAUACAAUUGUUCUUUUGCUGUUUGCACAAAUAUUUGAAAUAUAGUAUUGAAUGUCACUGUUGGAUGUUACU